AAAGAUGCGCAGAUGAAAGCAGCGAUCAACCAAAAGUUGAUAGAAACUGGAAAACGAGAACGCCUCAAAGAGUUCCUGCGAGCUAAAUUAACUGCAUGUGCCUGGAAGGAUCAGCUGAAGGCUCCCUGUAAAGAGGUAAUUAAAGAAAAAGGACUAGAACAGGUUACUGUUGAUGACUUGGUGACUGAAAUUACUCCAAAAGGCAGAGACCUGGUACCUGACAGUGUAAAGAAGGAGCUUCUACAGAGAAUAAGAACAUUCCUUGCUCAGCAUGCCAGCCUUUAAGAUUGAAUUAGAUUGUGUUCUGUGAUUUUAUUUCUGAAAGUGAAAUUUGCCAUAAAUUAGCGGUCA